AUGGCGGCUGAGCUUUACUUUGAGCAAUGCUGGGCUAUUCUGAGCACCAUCGGCAUCUCGAACGUUUUCCUGGGCUUCAUCGUCAUCAGCAUCACGAAAUUCUCAAGCAUCGCGCUGGUCCCGAUUAUCACGAGCAUGGCCUGUGCCAUCGCGAAUGGGCUAUGUUUCCGAAUAUUCUACACGGAUAGUUCACCAUUGGACAGGGCGCUCGCGUCCGCGUUCGCCGAUACUUUCUGGCUGGUCCAAGAAGCCGGCAUAUCAUUCUACUCGUACGCCAUGUUGACUCACAUGUUGACAGGCCGCAGUCGGACAAUUUACCUGACGGCUUUCUGGAUUCUGUUUGCCGGCAUCACCGGCCUUCGCGGCACGAUCUUGAUAGCUCGAGUCGUGGGCAUAUACGACGAAACCAACAACACUGCCUCGAAGGUUGUCGACUUUGCUCACGUCGGGUAUUUUGUGCUCCUGGCGCUUCUGGAAUGUCUGAGCGCCUUCUACUUACUCCGGAAAUUCGCGUCGACAAAGAAGAGGUCGUUGAGGGCUGCGCUGAACAUUAGCUUGUGGGGUCACUUGAUGCGCAGCACGGAGAUACGAGUGUCUUCUCUGGCAUUGAUCGGGGUGUCGAGGUCCAUCACCUACACUUUCCACCCGUCGCUACUGAACACGCCUACCACGACUCCCAGACAGAUCGACCGAUUUGUGUACACCUUGGAAUGCAUCUUUCCUGUCAUUCUUUAUUUCGAUCUGUUAGCUUGCAAAAUCCAGUCCGAGAGUCAUGGAGCAAUAAACAGCUAUAACAUACGGCACGUGGAAACACCAAACAUCUUGAGAGAUUCUGUUACUGGCGAGCUCAGCAGUACAAUCUCGCCGUCGUCAGAAAAGCCUCUUGAGAGUUGUGAUAACCGCACCUUGCAUGAGUUGCAUUCGUGGUCUUACUUAUUCUGGCAGGCUCCUAGCCGUAUCUCAAAUCACACCUUGCUGGACUGCAUGUUCCCCGGGCACAGUUCCCGAAGCCACCUCGGGUUGACUUCCAUUACAAUCGGCAUCUAUGUAUACCAGGUAUUUGACGCAAGGAGGCCCCCCAUUUCUCGAUCGGUGACCGAGCCUCACGGCUAUACUUCCCGAACUCCGAGAAGCAGAACAUCAUCCUGGCUCUGCCCUCCCCACAAGAGUCUAGUGUCAGAGAUUCUUCACAUAACACAGCCGCAAGACGCGACGUUGAAAAUGUGGAUCACUAAUACGGAAUACGAAAGCUCAGGAGACAAGCUUCAUUCAGUCUCCACAACCAAUGUAGAUGCAACUCUUGCUGCAAUGCUGCCGCAUCCCUUGACGACAUGGAUCUAUGCGCGGAUAACAGAUGCUACGCAGUAA